CUCAAGACCCACAGUCACUCAGGUUACAUUCACAAGGCGUAUAACAGCCCCGAGAGUCCUGUCAGAUUGUGUACCGCUGGAGCCCAACUUCCAGAAGCCACUUUCCUAAUUCUCCAACCAAGCCUUAUCGUCCGCGACGUGUCCUCGGAGCAUACAGCUGAUUUAGCAGAAUAAAUAUCGGAGAGAGCCCGGGUCGGGACUAGGGAAAACUGUCUUCUCCUCACAAGCAUAGGUUUAUUCGCCUUUUUUCCCGAAGACGCUGUCAGCGAUUUCCCUCGGCAUCUCCUGGUUCACAUUUUGGAAGGGGACAGUCGUGCCUCUGCCUGCAUUCACAUCCCGAGACCGACGGUGUGUUCCAAAGCAACGUAUUCUGUUCUGCUCUGACAAGGAACGUAUUUUCUCAUUGAACCAGACCGUGUUAAUUUCUCAAGAUCAAAACCUGAAACGAAGACGCGUCUCCGUUUUCAAUCAAAUGUCAUAAAACUGUUAUUGCGCACGAGUCAAUACUUUUCUUGCGGGGACGACGCCGACUUUUUAAUUACUUCAGACUGUAAUAUAUCAGAGGAGAAGUCCCCCACUUGAGGGCGAAAUCAGACAUUCGAGGACGGCAAGUUCGAGAGCCCAGGACCCGGGUCUUCCAUAUACAACAUGCAGAAAUGUCCGAGGAGGCAGGGUUGGAUGUGAGAGGCAGCAGCGAGGAGAGAAGCAGCCAGGCGCCCAGAGACCCAGAAAGCGAGAGGGCACCAGAGUCCACCCUGAGCGGCACCGCCAACACCCCGACUACCACCUCUACCAGCAGCAUCACCUCCAACCAGCAUCACAACAACAGCGCGAGCCCCACAGCCGUCUCCAGCAGUAGCAGUAGAGGUGGCUCCACUGGUGCCAUAGGUGUUAGCAUAGUUAGCCGCAGCGCUAAGGGAGCAGAGGGGAGGUCCUCCAUGCAGUUCAGCACCAGACCUCCCAGUGCUGAGCCUGGCUUCAUGGGGACAUGGCAGCAACAGAGCACUGACCAGAGCAACCUCCUCUUCAGAAUGUCCCAGCAGGCCAUUCGCUGCACUCUGGUGAACUGCACCUGUGAGUGUUUCCAGCCAGGAAAGAUCCACCUGCGUACAUGUGACCAGUGCAAGCACGGCUGGGUGGCUCACGCACUGGACAAGCUGAGCACGCAGCACCUGUACCACCCCACCCAGGUGGAGAUAGUUCAGUCCAACGUGGUGUUUGACAUCAGCAGCCUGAUGCUGUACGGGACCCAGGCGGUGCCGGUCAGACUGAAGAUCCUGCUGGACCGUCUGUUCAGUGUUCUGAAGCAGGAGGAGGUGCUCCACAUACUGCACGGCCUGGGCUGGACCCUGAGGGACUAUGUCAGGGGUUACAUACUGCAGGAUGCUGCGGGCAAGGUGCUGGACCGCUGGUCCAUUAUGUCUCGGGAAGAGGAGAUCAUCACCCUGCAGCAGUUCCUUCGUUUCGGAGAGACCAAGUCCAUCGUGGAGCUGAUGGCCAUCCAGGAGAAGGAGGGUCAGGCGGUCACCGUGCCCUCUUCCAAGACCGACUCAGGCAUCCGGACGUUCAUCGAGAGCAACAGCACGGGACGCGGUCGAAGCCCAGGCCUCCUCAACCACAUGGAGACCAGCAGCCCGUCCAGCAUCCACCACUUUGAGAACAUCCCUAACAGUCUCGCCUUCCUGCUGCCAUUCCAGUACAUCAACCCUGUGUCGGCCCCCAUGCUGGGCCUGCCCCCCAAUGGCCUGGCGCUGGAGCAGUCGGGCCUCCGGGGCCUCCACGACCGGGAUCGUGAGGCCAGCCUACCCAACCAGGGCGAGCCGGUGGAGAGCAGCGAGUCCGAAGUAUCCCUCAGCCCUUUCCGCAGCAGCGGUCAGAGCCCCAGUCGCAUCGGAGCCCUGGGGGGCAUGAACAAUGCCAUCGAGCCCAAACAGGAGCCCAACAACCGGGCAUCACCUAUAUCGCCCACUCCUUCCAACCAGCCGUCCCAGCAGCAGACGGAACAGCAGCAGCAGGGCCAGCAGCAGCAAGGCCAGGGGCAACCCGGGACCCCACGGCCUAGGUCCAACUCCCUCAACGACCACCAGGCCCACCACCACUUUGUGAAGAGCGAGCAGUCCAAGAGCAUUACCCACUCAUCCUUCUCCUCCAAGAUGCACCGCAUGCGCCGCAUGGGAGCCACCUCACGCAAGGGCCGCGUGUGCUGCAACUCGUGCGGCAAGACCUUCUACGACAAAGGUACGCUGAAGAUCCACUACAACGCCGUACACCUCAAGAUCAAGCACCGCUGCACCAUCGAGGGCUGCAACAUGGUGUUCAGCUCGCUGCGCAGCCGCAACCGCCACAGCGCCAACCCCAACCCACGCCUGCACAUGCCCAUGCUGAGGAACAACCGAGACAAGGACCUCAUCCGUGGGUCGGGCCCCGGCACGCCCGUCAUCUCCAGCGCCAAGAGCGGCUUCACCCUCACCAGUCCCGGACGGCCGCCUCUGGGUUUCGCCACCCCGCCCCUGGACCCCAUGCUCCAGUCACCCCUGCAGAGCCCACUGGUCUUCCCCUCCCUGAAGUCGGUGCAGCCCAUCCAGCCGGUGCCCCCUUUCUACCGUACACUGCUGUCCCCACAGCACCUGGUCAGUCCUCCAGUGUCACUGCCCACCAGCCCCAUCCUGCCCUCCAUCACCAACAGCACCUCUCUGAUGGACCAGCAGCAUCAGCUCCUGGCUGCCGCCGCAGCCUCCCACAACGCCCACAAUAUGUCUUCUGAAGGUGGGCUUAUGUCCCACCACAGGCUGCCCACCCCCAGUAUCCCCCAGCAGGAUCCAGCUGCUGCCACCAACACGGAACCCACCCCCAAGAAGAAGCCCCGUAAGUCCAGCAUGCCGGUGAAGAUCGAGAAGGAGGUGAUUGACGUGGCAGACGAGUAUGAUGAGGACAAAGAAGACGAUGAUGACGACAGCUGUCACCACCACCACCACCACCACCACCCCUCCUCCCACCUCCACCACAACAACAUUAAUGGAAACCGCAACAACAACAACAACAGCAGCAGAGGAGGGAACAACAACGGCCACCACAGUGGCGGCAGCGGGCACCAGUCCCCCUCCCAGGAUGAGAUGAGCCCAGGCCUGAUGAGGGGACACCUGAUGAGGCACGACCAGGACGACUGCCGGGGAGAGGGACCUGGAGGCGAGGGUGGCAGGGGCGAGAGAGGAGGCCCAGGCGGUGAGCUCCGCUGCAUGGACAGCUUCACCUCCGAGGACCAGGACCACGAGAGAGACUUUGAGAACGAUUCUGAGACUUCGGACUCCAAGAUGUUCUACCGCGAGGAGAUGAUGGAGGUGGAGGAGCAGCACCAGAGGCUGAGGCUCAACUCCUCCAGGAGCUCCAGAGUAGGAGGAGGCAACAACCUGGAAAAGGACCAGGAGGACCUGGAGGCCAGAGAUGAGGAGGUGCAGCUGAGGAAGGAGAUGGAAGACCCCAAGAGCCGCUCCUCACCCUCACCCCACCAGCCCGCAAUCAAGAUUAAGGAGGAGCUCAACGACCCCACCUACGACAUGUUCUGCAUGAGCCAGUACGGCCUCUACAACGGGGGCAUGGCGGCUGCCGCAGCCGCCGCCGCCAGCAUGGCCGCCCUGCACGAGAGCUUCAUCUCCUCCAUGAGCUACGGCGCCAGCCCGCCCAAGUUCCCCUCCUCGCACUCCCCCGAGGGAGAACUGUGCACCAGCCCCAACUCCAACGACCCCAAGAUCUGCUACGUGUGCAAGAAGAGCUUCAAGAGCUCCUACAGUGUCAAACUGCACUACAAGAACGUGCACCUCAAAGAGAUGCACGUGUGCACCGUGUCCGGCUGCAACGCCGCCUUCCCCUCCCGACGGAGCAGAGACAGGCACAGCUCCAACAUCAACCUGCAUCGCAAACUGCUUACCAAAGAGCUGGACGACAUUGUCCUGGACCCCCAACUCACGCCGCUGCCCAAGGACCUGCGCGCCGAGUUCCUGGCUAAGAUCUACGCCGGACACCACUUGGGCCUGGACGCCAUGGCAGGGGCGGGCAUUGGCGGCGCCAACCUGGGGGGAGGAGGGCUGAACCGUGACGCCAGCUCCCCGGCAGGCACCGAUUACCCCCACCACCACCCCCUAAACCAUCACCACCACCACCACACCACCACCCUCCACAACGGCUUCUACCACCGCAGUGGCCCCCCAGACGACUACAUGGUGCUGGACCUGAGCACCGCGUCCAGCGUUCAGUCCAGCGGGUCAGUCCAUUCAUCACGCCAGUCUGACGAGGGCAGCGACGAGGGCAUCCUAUUGGAUGACCUGGAGGAGGGGGUGGAGGAGGGAGGGGUCAGCGAUGGGGAGGACUGCUCCCAGCAUGCCCCGGGGCAGGCAGGGGCCGGGAGGCGGCGGGACCAGGUCGGCGAGGGAGGAGUCGGAGGAAGAUCGGAAGAAGGUCUGACCGGCGCCGACCCCUCCUCCUCGCCGACCGUCCUGUCUUCCACCGGUGGCAGUGGUGGGAUCCUGUGCAGCAUCUGCCACAAAGUGUACAGCAACAAAGGGACCCUACGCGUGCACUACAAGACUGUGCACCUGCGCGAGAUGCACAAGUGCAAAGUGGCCGGCUGCAACAUGAUGUUCUCCUCGGUGCGCAGCCGCAACCGCCACUCUCAGAACCCCAACCUCCACAAAAACAACGUGCCCUUCACCACCAUGGUAGACUAGCCCAACCCCCUGGCCCUCGUCUGGCCAACUCUACCCCCGUCCUCGACUCCCUUCUCACCCCAAACCAUGAGCUCUUACCCCCAGGAACUACACCUUACCACCCCUAGACGUCAUGCACCACAGUUCUCUUUCCCUUCGAUGAGAUCCAGUGACGAUAUACAGUAAGCGUUGUGACUUUUGACCUUUCCUUCUUUGGAAGAACGAGGAUGAGACACUUGAAGUGUCUUUAUUCCAAAAACUGGCCCUGCCGGUUUCCCAUAAACCCCAUUUCCUAUUUCCCAUAUGUCUUUGUUUUUGUCCAUCUCCAAAGAAUCUAUUCAAACUCUUAUUUGUGACUGUUGCCUGCAGAAAUGAUAAUAACAAUGAAAAAAAUAUAAAAUCUUCUUGUUGUAUUUGUGUAAUAAUAGCUUUUAAAGGAAACCCCAUACAAGAGCAUGACUGCUUCAUUUGUAAAUAAUAUGUCCCAAGAGGCUAUUGGUGUAAAACAAUUGUAUUUGAUGGUUGUUAGCUAUUUUUUGGUUUCUCCCUUUUGGUUUUUAUGUUACAGUACAAUACUUCCAGCUCUAAGGUAGGCAAGAAAGAGGUAGCAUCUUUACUAGCUUGACUCAUUUAUGUCAGUUUAAAAACCAUUUUUAAACUGAGAAGGAGAAGCACUAAUGAUCAUGUGACUUGUUGUAUCUACUUGUUAGAUAUGCGGAGGUUGCCGGCAUGCUUUGUUUUUUGGGCUCCUACACCAAUAUCAUUCUCUGUUCUUUUGUUUUUGUUAUCAUUUAGCUUUUACUAUACCAAGUCAGUUUUUCGCACUUUGCAACUAUACAAGCGGGAUGUGUAAUAUUAUUACAAGGACUUUGCAAUGGUUUUGGUUUCCGCGAUGUUUGGGGUCUGAGACGGCCACAGUGCCAAGGGGAAAUGACAUACUUGUGGCAGGUUUAUUCUUUUUUUUGCACGUGUUCAGUUUCAAAAAUGCUAUUUCACAACAAAACACCCAUAUUUCUCCUGAAAGAAUCCAAACAUCCGGCCCAUUUACUCAAAUAAUCGUAUUCAGAAAAAGUCUAAGUAUUUCUACUCUACCAGAUACAGUAACGUGACUGACUACAAUACAGCUGCUGUUUUUGAAGGCAGAAGAUUUAAGUAUUGAGGAAUUUAGUUUGUGUUAUUUUCAUUUCAAGGAGUGUAAACCCAGUGUGUGACUGUAAUAUCACAGUACUUAGCUACAGAGGUUGAAGUAGGCUAAUCUUUCUACUGCAUGUGGUAUUUGUGACCUAAAACAAGCGUUGGUUGAGUGUCCUAUUAUUUUAUACACGUUUUCCAUCCUAUCAGAAGUAUUGUGAAUGUCACAUUGAUUAUAACACAAAGAAAUAGUCCUUAAACUGUGACCAAAACAAAAAGAAGCAUUGGUUUUUAAAACAUCUAUAUUUUUCCGCCAUACAGUUGUACUUUAACUGACACCCCAUAAGUUGAUAUGAUGCACUUCAGUCUUAAGCCUUUUGCUAUAUUUUUUCAGUAUUGAUUUCCAUUGCUGAUUGUCAGCUUCAAAGGUGAACUCUGUGAAACUCUGUCGCCAUUGCCUGGCUGUUUUCGGAGUUAUUUGCAGCCAUUUUCCUGGUUUCCAUACACAUCUUAAGGUACAAAUGUUUCAGAUAACUAGGCAAAGUAGCCAGGGGAAGGGGUAUUUAUUGGCGGGUGAUGUCAUCUUGAUGCAGAUGUCUUGUCCAAUAUCAAUUCCUUUUUUUUUUUCAAGAAAAGAAAAAAAGAAAGACAGAUCGGUCUUCAUUUUGAGUCUGUGCCCUUGAGUUGAUGGUUAUUAUUGUGUUUUUGUCGUGUUACUAUGGAUGUGAAAAAAUUGAGAGCUCCUCUUUCUUGAUUGGUGCUUAUCUAAAGGGGAUAAAAACGCACAGUGUUACGUGGUAUACAGUAUUCAAACCCCCGUUAUAUCCAUGAAAGUGUUGGACAGUUUUUUUUUAAUGACUAUUUUGCAAUGGGCAUGAUGGGCCCUUUUGAUGGACCCUGGCAGCAGGCUUCACCCCUCUCCUCUCUCUACCAACCUCCACGACCCUGGCAGCAGGCUUCACCCCUCUCCUCUCUCUACCAACCUCCACGACCCUGGCAGCAGGCUUCACCCCUCUCCUCUCUCUACCAACCUCCACGACCCUGGCAGCAGGCUUCACCCCUCUCCUCUCUCUACCAACCUCCACGACCCUGGCAGCAGGCUUCACCCCUCUCCUCUCUCUACCAACCUCCACGACACUGGCAGCAGGCUUCACCCCUCUCCUCUCUCUACCAACCUCCACAACCCUGGCAGCAGGCUUCACCCCUCUCCUCUCUCUACCAACCUCCACGACCCUGGCAGCAGGCUUCACCCCUCUCCUCUCUCUACCAACCUCCACGACACUGGCAGCAGGCUUCACCCCUCUCCUCUCUCUACCAACCUCCAUGACACUGGCAGCUGGCUUCACCCCUCUUCUCUCUCUACCAACCUCCACGACCCUGGCAGCAGGCUUCACCCCUCUCCUCUCUCUACCAACCUCCACGACAAUGGCAGCAGGCUUCACCCCUCUCCUCUCUGAAGAGAGAGAAAGAGCUGAGUGAAAGGGGUUGCGGAGGUGUAGGGCUGACUUGAGAGGAAGAAGGGAUGACAAUGAGAAUCAUUAAAAAUGUGCUGUUCCACCGUUACCUGGAGGCCUUCUGACGCUGAUCUGUCGAAUAACUCACUUGUCACUUCAUUACACCGCCAGACGUGAAUGUUGCUGACAGGACUGUGAUGCCGACAGAGAUCCAAACCGGUCUCUUUCACCUCUCUCUUUCCCUGAGAGAAACCACCCCCGCCUCCUUCUUCCCACUACUCACCCCCUCCCCCCUUCCCGGGUCCUUUAGGGACACCGACUAAUAGUGUACUCUUAAGUUCACAAAAUGUCCAUCGCCGUAGAAAAAGGAUGUGUAAUUGCCUGUUUAUCCCAGGUGAAGGAAAAACUCUGUACAGGAACCUCCGGCAACACCCUGGAGUGGCACUGAGGCGCAGCCUGCCUCAUUUGCUCAGUGCACCGUACUGCACCUUACCGCCACGGGCCCAGCCGGAGAAGUACAGAAGUGUCACUCCAGGAACCCUGCUGACAGCUGUCUCUCUUUCACACACACACACACACACACACACACACACACACACACACACACACACACACACACACACACACACACACACACACACACACACACACACUUCCUGCUAACAGGCCAGUGGGAUGACAGCAACAAGAGGACUCUGGUGAUGGGCGGGAAACAAGGACACCCCGAGGCAGAGAGGGGAAAAGAGAGAGAGCGAGCUCAUCCACGGUCCAUCACUCUAUGUAAUAAAGCAGUCUGUCCAACGUUAGCAUACAGCCUUGUCACUGCAGGGCACGCUAGCGUUUCAUUAUGGAGAACAGUGGAAUGUAGCAUUGAGUUGGACCGCAAUGGACUGCCAUGGAAUGCACUGAGAGAGAAGGUGGAAAGGGGAAACCUAGUCAGUUGUCCAACUGAACGUAUUCAAGGUGCGGAAGCCCCUCUUUGAAAGUGUUUGAUGGUUUACGAUGAAUACCGUGGAUAUUAAAGAACUGGGAGAAUGCUUGGGAAGGCCAAAUCAGUCUGGUUUGGAAUCAACACGCAGUCUAUUGAGGAACGUGAGACUGUAACAAGCUAAGAGUAGUCUUAACUAACGCUGCUGUAGCCAGUGACCUUAGCCUGCGCGGUUAAACCUCACAACCUGAUCUGAUGAGAAAGACAGCAGAACCCAAAAGCUUAAACAUUCCUCUUGUCCUAUUCAAUGUUGUAGACCUCUCAAGAAGCCAGGGAGCUCAAUCAGUGACCUGUGUGUGUUAGUGUGUGUGUUAGUUAGUGCGUGUAUGUUAGUGUGCGUGUAUGUUAGUGUGCGUGUAUGUUAGUGUGCAUGUAUGUUAGUGUGUUAG